UUCAAGGUCUUCUCCACUGCAGCUGCGCAGACCUGUGGUAACUAGUUAACUAAUUCAACAAACGGACCCUUCUGUGUGUCAGAAACUGCAAGGAGUUGCUAGCCCAGUGAGGCAGACGGAUUGAACACUGGGAAAGUCCAGGUCCAGAACAGUGUGUGGCUGUCACUGAAUGCCUUGCAGACACUGCUCUCUGUGACCAUGAAACGCUGGCUGUCCACAUUGCUAGUGGCCUGGUUUGGUGUCCUGGGCUGUGUGCAGGCUGAAGUCUUCACUUCUAUUGGGCACAUGACCGACUUAAUUUAUGCGGAGAAGGACCUGGUGCAAUCUCUGAAGGAGUAUAUCCUUGUGGAGGAAGCCAAGCUCUCCAAGAUUAAGAGCUGGGCCAACAAAAUGGAAGCCUUGACCAGCAAGUCAGCUGCUGACCCCGAAGGUUACCUGGCUCACCCCGUGAACGCUUAUAAACUGGUGAAGCGGCUGAACACAGACUGGCCUGCGCUGGAGGACCUUGUCCUGCAGGACUCAGCUGCAGGUUUUAUUGCCAACCUGUCUGUGCAGCGGCAGUUCUUCCCCACUGACGAGGACGAAAUGGGAGCCGCCAAGGCCCUGAUGAGACUUCAGGACACAUACAAGCUGGACCCAGACACGAUUUCUAAAGGACAACUUCCAGGAACCAAGUACCAGGCCAUGCUGAGUGUGGAUGACUGUUUUGGGAUGGGCCGCUCUGCCUACAACGAAGGUGACUAUUACCACACAGUCCUGUGGAUGGAGCAGGUGCUGAAGCAGCUCGAUGCUGGGGAGGAGGCCACCAUAGCCAAGGCUGAGGUGCUGGACUACCUGAGCUACGCUGUCUUCCAGCUGGGUGACCUGCACCGUGCCCUGGAGCUCACCCGCCGCCUGCUUUCUCUUGACCCGAGCCAUGAACGAGCUGGAGGGAAUCUGCGGUACUUUGAACGGUUGUUGGAGGAAGAAAGAGAAAAAAUGUUAUCAAAUCAGACAGAAGCUGGACUAGCCACACAGGAAAGCAUUUAUGAGAGGCCUGUGGACUACCUGCCUGAGAGGGACGUCUAUGAGAGCCUCUGUCGUGGGGAGGGUGUCAAACUGCUUGCACGAGCCACUGUUCGUGAUCCCAAGACAGGCGUCCUCACUGUUGCCAGCUACAGGGUUUCCAAAAGCUCAUGGCUGGAGGAGGACGAUGACCCUGUUGUGGCUCGAGUGAAUCUUCGGAUGCAGCACAUCACAGGGCUCACAGUAAAGACUGCAGAACUGCUGCAGGUUGCUAAUUAUGGAAUGGGAGGACAGUACGAGCCACAUUUUGACUUCUCUAGGCGACCUUUUGACAGCGGCCUCAAAACGGAGGGGAAUAGGUUAGCGACGUUUCUUAACUAUAUGAGCGAUGUAGAAGCUGGUGGUGCCACUGUUUUUCCUGAUCUGGGGGCUGCAAUUUGGCCUAAGAAGGGCACAGCCGUAUUCUGGUACAACCUCCUGCGGAGCGGGGAAGGUGACUACCGUACGAGACACGCUGCCUGUCCCGUGCUUGUGGGCUGCAAGUGGGUCUCAAAUAAGUGGUUCCAUGAACGAGGACAGGAAUUCUUGAGGCCAUGUGGAUCGACAGAAGUUGACUGACUUCCUUUUCUGCCCUUCCCCUUCCUGGCCCUACAGCCCAUGUCAUCCUCAAGUUCAACAUGACAGACACCUUUGUAUGUUCCAGGCCCUGUCACUUGGGUCUUUGUUGGAGUGAAUGUUUGUCUGGAGCAAAGGAGAGCUGAUUGGGAGGGUCCCAGGUGACCUGGGUCCUGACCUCCCUGGUCACCCUGUGCCACCUCUGGCCACAAAGGCUGGGUCAGAGUGGCUGCAGCAGAGUCAGGCUGUCUAGCACCUAGCAAGGUGCCUUUGUACCUCAGAUGUUUUCGGUGUGAGCGGUUUCAGUGAACCAAAGUUCUGAUACCUUGUUUACAUGUUUUUAUGGCAUUUCUAUCAAUGUGGCUUUAACCAAAAAAUAAAGUGUCCCUGCUGGAAGCCUUAAAGAGC